AUGUCUGAACCGCAUUUUAUCCUUCCACAGAAACAAGAAAAACCAAAGUUCGUGUUGUGCGUCACCUUUUCUGAGAACGGGGACACCAUUACAGGAGACUCCAGCGGGAACCUUCUGGUUUGGGGAAAAGGUACCAAUAGGAUCAGCCAUGCUGUGCAGGGAGCCCACGAGGGCGGGAUAUUUGCGCUGUGCAUGCAGAGAGACGGCACGCUGGUUUCUGGAGGAAAGGAUCGCAAACUUAUCUCCUGGGAUGGAAAUUAUCAGAAGCUCAGUGUUGUAAGAUUCCAGAACAGUUUUGGACCGGUGCGGACCGUGGCGGAAGGAAAGGGGGACGUUGUACUCAUUGGAACCACUAGAAACUUUGUGCUUCAGGGUACUUUAUCCGGAGACUUCACCACCAUUACCCAGGGUCAUACGGAUGAACUGUGGGGGUUGGGCGCACAUUCCCAGAAGUCUCUGUUCCUGACCUGCGGCCAUGACAAGCAGAUCAUGUUAUGGGAUGCCACAAGCCAUCGCCCGGUCUGGAACAAAGUUAUUGAGGACCCGGCCCAGUCUGCCGGAUUUCAUCCUAAUGGCUCUGUUGUAGCAGUUGGGACUCUUACAGGAAGGUGGUUUGUGUUAGACACGGAGACCAAAGACCUGGUCACGGUCCAUACAGAUGGCAACGAGCAGCUCUCCGUCAUGUGCUACUCACCAGAUGGAAAUUUCCUCGCAAUCGGUUCCCAUGACAACUACAUCUAUAUUUAUGCCGUUAAUGAGAAUGGAAAGAAAUACAGUCGGAUCGGGAAAUGCUCGGGUCACUCCAGCUUCAUCACUCACCUGGACUGGUCUGUGAACUCCCAAUAUCUGAUGUCCAAUUCUGGGGACUAUGAGAUCCUGUACUGGAUCCCAACAGCCUGCAAGCAAGUGGUCAGUGUGGAAACAACUCGGGAUCUAGAAUGGGCCACAUACACCUGCACCCUCGGAUUCCAGGUUUUUGGGGUGUGGCCUGAAGGUUCGGACGGAACAGACCUCAAUGCCAUCUGUAGAUCUGGAGAUCAGAAGCUCUUGGCCACUGGGGAUGAUUUUGGAAAAGUUCAUCUCUUUUCAUAUCCUUCUUCGCAGUUCCGGGCAUCCAGCCACGCCUAUGGUGGACAUAGCAGCCACGUCACAAAUGUGACCUUUUUACAUGAGGACAGCCACCUAAUCUCUACCGGUGGGAAAGACAUGAGUAUCAUGCAAUGGCGCCUUCUCUGA